UCGCUAAAAUUAGGCUGUCUUUAUAACUUCAUCGAUUUCCCAAUGGAUUCUCAGACAUGUGAGAUACAGAUGAAAAGCUACGCACAUACCACCAACGACGUGAUAUAUCAAUGGGACGACGAUCCUCUUCAGACAGAAACGACCCUCUUUACUCCAGAGUUUACCUUAGAGGAUUGGUCACUAAUAUACAACUGCACAGGAAGAACUAUCACAGGAGAAUAUAGCUGCAUCUCGGUCAAGUUUCAACUCAAACGAGACAUACGCUUCUACUUGUUGAAACUUUAUGCCCCUACAGUUGUCGUUGUGCUGUUGUCUUUCCUCAACUUCUUCAUAGACCCACGGGCAGUCCCAGCAAGAGUCUCAAUCGGGCUUAUCACCGUUCUCACCAUCACAACGCAAAGCGUCAGCAUCCAAGACCGCCUUCCAACUGUCUCCUACAUCACAGCGGCUGACGUAUGGCUGACAGCGUGUCUUCUCUUCGUAUUCGGUUCCAUGUUGGAGUACACGGCAGUUAAUGUGCUGCUACAAAAGGAAAAGAAACGAGAAAAGAAAGGAAUUGGAGCAUUGGCUGGAAAUAUAAACAAAGCGUUCAGGGAUUCGUUUUCCACCGACUUGAAUGGGAGCAAAGUGGAUCUUCACGUAGAAGUCAAUGGCGCUUUAGGAGCAUCUGAAUUCGACAAACCUUGGCUAACUAUGAGCAAUGUUGACAAAGUAGCGAAAUUUGUUUUUUUCAUCGGAUUUGCCGUAUUCAAUAUUAUAUAUUGGAGUGUGUAUUUAAUUGUGCAGAAAUAGCAGACACAGACCGGGGAUUCCCGUACCUUUGUUUUGAAAUAGCAUUGACAAGAAGUCGUUUAUGUUGAAUACAAAGGUCUGGUUAAGUAACGGUAAUCGUGUGAGCAAUCAAAAUGGGUUUUCCGCGGUUUUCAAAAUCUAAA